AUGCACGGCCUCACGCAUUUUCUGCACAAACACCACCGAGAAUCAACCCCUCCUAUGGAAAAAGAAGACAGUGGUGACAGUUGGUAUUCGUCGCUGACCUCAACGGACUCACGUAACGUGCUAGCAAAUGAAGGCGCUGCAUCAUCCUCAACGGCGCGACCUAUACCUAUCAAUCAGAGAGGCUCCAGUGCGCAUCGGAGUAUGAGAGCUAGUUCAGGAAGUCCCUAUGAGUUUGCUUCUAGUCCUCGGGAUCGCUAUCCGAAUUUUGCAAGUUACAUUCGGGAUGUUAUGGAGAGAGGAUCUCCCACGCAACAUUAUUACACUCAUCAGCCAGACUACAGACGGCAAAGAAGCGAUGGAGACCGCUACCAGAUUGGCGUCAACACAUACCACGCGCCUCGCAGCGACUACAGAAAUUUCGUCUCGCCUCUCUUUAAUGAUGUUAUGGAUGAUAUUCAAGAACACGAAUAUAGUAAAUGUGAACGGUAUGGUGAAAUAUCUAGUUCAAAAUUGAGCCAUAGAAAUCGACAUGAUAACAAAAGUUUUGCUCAAAAAUUAACAGAGAGUGUGACGGGCUCUAAAGAUUCCAAAGAUCAUAAAGAUAGCAAAUAUGAGAAAAAUGAAAGGCGAGGGUCAGGGUCAAGCAGUAGCGGACAUCGGCAUAAGCACCACACGAUACAAGAACUGAUUCGAACGUUUGGUAAAAAAGUGGGGCAUUGGCGGCACGAGUCUGGGGAAGGUCGGCGAGGCUCUUGCGCUACUCCGGCCGUCAGUACCGACGAGGCUCGUGCUAUGGACAGUGAUGAGUUUCGCUCACGAUCUAAGUCGCUUGAUGGUGAUCACUCACAUAAAAUUCUAAGGCGGCAAGUGCUUGAAGAUUGCGGUGCUACCUACCAAAUUUUCGACGAAAUAUUAAGAGAAGGAGCUCACCUGCGCAGGGCAACGUCUCAGGAUGCUGAGAAGCGCCGCUCAUCGCUAGGACAUGUGCCGACUAUACGGCACAGGGCAUCCGACGCUUUCCUUGAUCCCCAUCAUGCUGCCAUACUAUUCCGAGAUUCACGUGGGUUACCGGUUGCGGACCCGUUUUUGGAAAAAGUCAGCCUUUCCGACCUAGAGGAGGAUGAGUCCCAGAUAUUCGUGAAGUUCUUCAAGUUCCACAAGUGUUACGACCUGAUACCGACUUCGGCGAAGCUGGUAGUGUUCGACACGCAACUCCUGGUCAAGAAGGCGUUCUUCGCACUCGUUUAUAACGGCGUGCGUGCCGCUCCUCUAUGGGACUCGCAGCGGCAGAAGUUCGUGGGAAUGCUUACGAUCACGGACUUCAUCAAGAUUCUGCAAAUGUACUACACAAGUCCGAAUGUCGCUAUGGAAGAGCUAGAAGAGCACCGACUUGAGACUUGGCGCCAAGUCUUGAAAGGCUCAGUGGUGCCGCUGGUGUCGAUAGGGCCGGACAACUCACUGUUCGAUGCCAUCCGUAUGCUGAUCACCAACCGCAUACAUCGGCUGCCAGUCAUCGACCCUGAGACCGGCAACGUCCUCUACAUACUCACACACAAGAGGAUUCUUCGUUUUCUCUUCUUAUACAUAAACGACUUACCAAAGCCAUCGUACCUGCAGAACAAGCUGCGCGACCUGCGUAUAGGCACGCUCAACGAUAUAGAGACUGCGACGGAGGACACAUCCAUAAUCGAUGCACUGCGCAAAUUCGUCAACAGACGGGUUUCCGCACUGCCACUCAUUGACUCUGAAGGACGUUUGAAAGACAUCUAUGCCAAGUUUGACGUCAUUAAUCUGGCAGCUGAGAAGACAUACAACAACCUGGAUGUGUCCUUGAAGACAGCUAACGAGCACCGCAACGAAUGGUUCGAGGGAGUUCAGAAGUGCACACUGGAUGAGACCCUCUUUGACGUCAUGGAGAGGAUUGUUCGCGCCGAGGUGCAUCGUCUGGUAGUAGUAGACGAGAAUGAUAAGGUGAUAGGCAUAAUAUCGCUAUCUGAUUUAUUGAUGUACCUUGUGUUGCGCCCCACCGGCGAGUGCGGUGCGGGGGGCACUAGUCUUCGCAAUGAACACGCGUCCAUUGAAGAAAAGGACGAGAAUAUAGCCUCGGAAGGCACUUCAAGCGCUGAUAAUGGGGCCUAUGCCGUUGGUGGUGACACUGACAGUGGUCUUAGCGAAGCUGCAGGCGGGAUCGAAAGUGAACCCGCCAACUCUUCAAACACUGACACAGGAGGAUCCAAGGAGACCAUCAACAGCGCGUCCCAAGAUCCGUAA